AUGACAAAGUCCAGUGUUGCAGUAGCGGCGGCGCCGGGCGCGAAACCCGCAGAAUCCAACGGCAAUGCUGCAGGAUCGCCUAUGUGCAAGAACUGUCACACGCUGACAACGCCGCUCUGGCGCCGGAAUGAACACGGAGCGGUCUUAUGCAAUGCGUGCGGGCUGUUUCUGAAGCUGCACGGGCGAUCCAGGCCCAUCAGUCUCAAGACAGACGUGAUCAAGUCGCGAAACCGCAAGAGCAACCACGGCACCGCCGCCACCGGCAGCGCAGGCAGCGACUCGUCCGGGGACCAGCGCAAGAAAGAGCACAAGAAGCGCAAGGCACAGGACUCGCGCGAACUGCACGCCGCAGAGACGCUUGAGACACUAAUGCGGAAGGGCAGCGGCGGGAGCGGCGGGAGCGGCGGCAGCCCUCCUCAGCUCGGGCGGCCCGUCCAGCCCGCCCCGCCUGCGGCCGCGAAGGCUGCGGCGGCAGAGGCGGGGACGCCGGGCGCGGCCAAUGUGCAGAACGCUGCGGCGGUGACGCCCGCCGCGACUCCUGCUGGGAGCGUUUCGGGCCCCGGCUCCAAGCCCGCUCUGUCCAACGCAUGGCGCAAAAUAGCGCCUGGCAACCGCACGCCGCCCGCCAAUGUUCCGCAGAUGCCCGCCAACCCACUGCCACACUUGUCGAUGUUGUUCGGAGGCAUGAACCCCUCUAGCCCACCCUCGCGGUUUCCGGCGCGUUCCGAGGAGCGCGCGCACCCGCAGUUCGCUGCCCUGGACCCUGAGAUACUAGGAGACAAGGUGCCAGCGGCCGAGAUGGCGGAGUCGCACUCGCGUCUUUCCGCAGCGCCGCAGUUGCCAAGCCAGUUCCAGGGCCACAAGCCCUCGCCUGGUGAGACCCACCAGAGCCUCCAGACGGUACCGCCCGGGGCCUCUCUCACAUCUUCGGCACUCGCCCAUCAGGAACGCGAGCAUGUGCAGCCUCUCCAUAUGGCGUCGAUCAACGAGAUUCUGAAUAGCCAAAAACCAAAGUCAGAAAAGUCGGCAUCUGCGAUGGGCUCGCCGCCUGUGCAUCCCGGCCUGUCCUCCACAACCAUCCCGCAGGUCAACUCGCCAGUCAGCCGGCCGCUCCCGCACGGCGCCAAUGGCCCGAUCUUCGACACUAUGCGCCGUUACAGCUCAGAAGGUGGAGCGCGCAGGAUGCAGCCCGGAUCGCAGUACUCGGCUUCACCUCCACCCAUGGAUCUGCAGCACAGCAUUGCUGCCACGCACGCCUCGAGCACCCGCCCUCCGCUCGGCCCCCGGCUAGAAGGCCACCAUCGUACCCCGUCGGACACCCGUCUGAGGAAGAACCUGAGUGGGGAACGACUCCACAUGGAAAUGCAGCAGUCCGGGAGUGUCAACGAUCACCGCCAGCAGUUUCAGGCUCCACCACCGCACCAGCAAGAUUUGCCUGUGAGCCGACAGACCUCGGGCGACUCUAUCCAAGCGCAGCCACCACUAGUCAAGCUUCUGCAGAGCCAAGAAGAAGCCAUCAAGCUGAAGACGCGCAUCAGCGAGCUAGAGCUGGUCACUGAUCUCUACAAGAGACACAUUUUCGAGCUCGAUGCGAAAUGCAGAGCUUUGGAAGAAAGACUGGGCUGA